AUGAAUCGGGAGAUUCUUCGAAUGUUGCGUAACACGCGUUCUGUUGAGGGUUCAUCAGAGGAGGCCAGAAAUGCGUUAGCGGAUGAGAGUGAGACGGCGAUAAGAUGUUUGCCUGAAAUCAAACAGGACAAGAGUUCAGACAAAGCAUUUCUGGGCGUUGUCUUGCCUAAGAGACAGGCCAAACGGGAUGUAGAAGACAUUUCUGACGGCAGAGAGAAUGGCACCUCACGGACGAGGGUGAAGAGAGUCAGAUUGUUGACAGAACCGAGUGCGCCACAAUUGUCCACCGGUGAAAGGAGUGAGUUAUCAAUGGGCAACGACAACACUCAGGCGCUCAAGUCAUCAAGACUCUCAAGCUCAUCCGCCGGCUGCACAGGCGAGGAGGAGGCCAAAGGUCAAUGCAUCUGCUCGCCGGAACAGAUGCAAAGACUGAUGACGUUGACGCAGUCCAGGGAGUGGGGAAUAGCGGAUCAGAUGCUGAGGGCGGUGAGACGCGACAACAUGGAGGGCCAAAUUGCUCGACAGGAGCUGCCAUGCGACGAGGUGAAUUCACCUCCGACAUAA